AUGCGCUGUCUUCUCUACGCCCAUGUCCUGCUGGGCUGCCUCGGCGUGGCUCGUCCCUUCUGUCCGUCCCAGUGCACCUGCGUUUCCCACGGGCGCGGCGAUGGAACAGCAACCAGAUCUGUGCUCUGCAAUGAUCCGGACAUGUCAGACAUCCCCGUCAACGUUCCCGUCGACACAAUCAAACUACGCGUGGAGAAAACUGCUGUACGGCGAAUCCCAACAGAAGCCUUCUAUUACCUGGUGGAGCUGAGAUACCUGUGGAUUACCUACAACUCCAUCACCUCGGUGGACGCCGGAAGUUUCUACAACCUCAAGGUGCUCCAUGAGCUGAGGCUGGAUGGUAACAUGAUCUCCGUGUUUCCCUGGGAGUCUCUGAAGGAGAUGAGCAGGCUGAGGACUCUAGAUCUACACAAUAACAAGCUGACUAAUGUUCCCCUGGAGGCCAUUCCUUAUCUCCUCAAUAUCACCUACCUGGAUCUGUCCAGCAAUAAGAUCACUACCCUGCCCUCCGACCUCAUGGAUAUAUGGCCGCCCUUCAACGGAAUGCCCGAGUCCUCCAACACCUCGCAGAAAGUGGUUCUAGGCCUUCAAGACAAUCCCUGGUUCUGCGACUGCAGAAUCUCCAAGCUGAUCGAGUUGUCUAAAAUGGCCAAUACACCGGUGGUUCUGAUGGACCUGUUCCUGUCCUGUUCUGCACCUGAGAACCUGGUGGGCGUCCUCUUCCAGCAGGCAGAACUGGACAACUGUGUGAAACCUUCAGUCAUGACUUCUGCCACCAAGAUCACUUCUCCGCUGGGGAGCAAUGUGCUGCUGCGCUGUGAUGCCACAGGUUACCCGACCCCAACCCUUAUCUGGGCCAAGUCUGAUGGUUCAGCUGUCAACAACACAGUCCAAGAGUCUCCUGGUGAUGGUGUGCGAUGGUCCAUCUUGAGCUUGCAUGGGAUUUUGUUUAAGGAUGCUGGUAAUUACUGCUGCAAAGCUAAAAAUGUUGCAGGAAAGGCAGAGGCCACCAUUUCCCUCUCAGUUGCUGGCAUCAUCAGUACCACAAUUCCCCCUCUGGGAACCAACAGCGGAACUGGAACAACCAACCAAGCCACGACACUUCCUCCACUGACCGGUGGCUCAAACUCGGCCUCUCCAGAGCUGGUGUACACGAUGCCCUCAUCAGCCAUGACAACACAGUCUACAUCACCCAGAAGAACCACAGCUAGCCCCAGUCUACAGAGAAGCUCCCUAAAACCUGCAAGGAUCCAGCAAGGAAGUAACGGAAAGAAGCUGGCAGCAGAUGAAAAGAGCAAAAAGAAUGACGCUUCAAAGUCUGUCAAAGACCUGAAAGUUGUGGAGGAAACCUCUGAUAGUGCAGUGUUGCUCUGGAAUGCUGAUGGGUUGCCAAGCAACAUCCCGCUCACUGUGGUGUACUCGCCAUACGAUGAGGGUGAUGCCAAGAGGACAGUGGAGACCAAUACCGGCAGUGGUAAGGUGCUGCUGGAAGGACUCUUACCAGGGUUACGGUACUCUGUUUGCCUGGUGGCAAAAGGUAGUGCUGCCAGGAAAGACCCCUGCAUUGACUUCUACACGUUGGACAUUGUGGAUGACGGUGGUCCAAACCAGCUUUUGGUGAUCCUUGGUGGGAUUGCCUGCGCCGUGGCAUUGCCUGUCAUUGCCUUUCUGCUCUAUAAGAUUCUCGUUCUGUACUGCAGAGGAAGUAGCACACCUCUAGAUGAGGAGGAACUUGAAAAAGAAAGCUAUGUCAAAUUUGAGACAAUUACCUUGAAGCAAAGGACCAUGAACUCCCACCCGACAGAGCUGUGGGCGAGGAGACAAACGCAUGAAUCCGAGAGGAUGCUUUUAUGUUCCAGGUCCAGCAUCGACUCUCAGAUGACCUAUAAAAGCGACAGCUCCAGGUCUGAAUAUCUGUGCUGA